AUUGUUGAGCGCCACAGUCAGCAGGGACGCACGCUGUUUUAUUAUCAUGGCUCUGUUUAAACAUUGGAGACGCGUGUCUUCGCUCAACUAAAACUCAGCCCGUAUUUUAAAAUCUGUACUUGUUAGUUUGGGAAUAAACGAGACUCGCUGCCAACGAACAUAUUGUUUGCCGACUGUCUGGCAUCAAUUUGGGAUUAAAAUGGUCAUCAAGGUUUACGUCGCCUCUUCAACUGGCUCUGUUGCGGUAAAGAAGCAUCAGCAGGCAGUGGUAGGUUUCCUGGAGGCCAAUCGAAUUAGCUUCCAGGAAGUAGACAUUACCAUGCUGGAGGAGCAGAGGCUCUGGAUGUAUCGUAACAUCCCCAGAGACAAGCAGCCGGAGAAAGGCAACCCGCUGCCUCCACAGAUCUUCAACGAGGAUCGCUACUGUGGGGACUAUGAAGACUUCUUCCAGUCAAAGGAGGACAACACUGUGUUUGCAUUCCUUGGGCUCAGUUCCCAACCCUCAGUGAAAGAUUCUGAGUCAUAGCCUAGAUCAAACUGCUGGAUGUCACACAUCCUGGGAACCUUUAAAGGUUAUGAGGACAAAAACCGCAUCACUUGACGUGUUCCUUCUGCCACAAUGCCAGCUUGUCGCCGAACACCAGACCACACGGAUUUCACCCUGUAUGACCUCUCCUGACUUUAAACAACAUUCCACCAUCACUUAAGUCUCCAAGAAAUGUCUGAUUCUCAAGAGGCAACAGAUAAUUAGUCACAGAAGAAGGGGAUCAGCUUUAUGAUGGAGGCAUAAGCACUGUCUCUAGCAUAGUCUGUGCAAACUAGAAGGUUAUGUAGCAGCUUUUCCAUCAGUAGACCAGUUGCUUUAGGUCGAUAUACAAUACAGUGGAAGGGGAAGAAGUGAUCAGGUGCAACAGCGCAUCACAAGUCACCUGAAUACACACCUGUAUUGUGUAUGUUCAUGCCUUAGUGUGUGUGUCCCUGUGUGCAUACGUGUCAAUCAGCAGCUGUUAAUGAAGGCAAUGUUUAGUGAGGGGGUCUGAGAGGCAGCACUUAAUGCAACCUGAAACAACCCGAAGCCUAACCAUCAUGUCUGGCUGUGUGUGUGACAAUGUUGGCAUUAUUCUAUAUAUUUUUCUUAUCAUCUACAAAUUCAAUAGAAAGACCAAAACCAACAAUGUGUUAGUUUGUGUGUUAGUAUGUUCUGACUUCAACAUAAAUCUUCAGCUCUCAAAUAUAUAGUUAAAUUUUUUCUUUCUUAAGUAAUUUCCUUAAAAAAUGUUACUCACACAGGAGUAAAUAGUGAAUUUGUGGGGGAGUACUUUUAGCUGCUAAUGAAUACACAUUUGGUGCUCUCAGAUUGACUCAAACCUCUGUGUCCCAAAUAAUGAAAGAACAUGUGACAGAGUGCAAAGGAGUGGCUCAUUCAUGUCUUUUGUAAUCAUUUUUGGACAACACUGGAGCCCUCUGGCACAGAGGAAUAAGACAUACUCAUUGUUUGUUUUGGUGUUAUCAUGGGAUCGGUUCACAACAUGAAAAAUAUAGAUAAUCGCCAGCUUUAUCCUCUAUUCAAGACCUCCACAGACAAGGCGUGGUUGCAGUCACAUGAGCUACAGGAGUACACGUCACAGAUCUCACUCCGGGUCUUAUGACAGAGGACAGGAGAUAAGAAAUUAGAGAUUAUUGUGCAGAGAUAAUCGAGUGGCAAAGAUCUGCAAAGACAGAUCGAUACUUCGCCUCCUCUGCUCUGUCUCCCCUUCUCUCUCUAUAUUUCCAAAUGUCUGAGUAAACAGAUGCUGAAAUGUGUGUUUUACGUGUUAGGAAAUGAACAGUGAUUGACACGUCACAGCCAGUUCUUAGUCCUGUCCUCCAGUCUGUAUUCUAUAUUCUGUUUCCCUAAAUACCAACACUAAGCAUCCUGUCUCUCUCCCUUAUUAAAUUAUUAAGGGUGGGCAGUUGACUAAUUCCUUUAUGUUUACACAUGAUGGACACAUAAACAGAUACACCAGCAUCAGCUAUUCCUCCCUAAAUGUCAUGCCAUCAUGUGAAAGGAUAUGUAAAUUUUACUUACUUCAAUCAUAUACUGCAGGGGACAAUCAAUCAAAUCAGUGUAUUUCUGUCACUGUUGACACCAACGACAUUCCUAUUUUGCGUUGUAUCCUGUCAAAUCAUGUGAUGACUGUAUUGUGAUUUAUUUUGUGAAUGGACACUAACACGCCUGUUUCGAAUGCAAACAGAGUAAAUGUGCUUUAUGUUACAUCUCUCUGCCUGUUGUGGUUAAUUGUGGCAUUUUUCUGUUACAGCCUCAUGAGAAUUAGAUUUGCUGACACGUUAUUAUAUGUGUAAUUCACACAACGAAGCAGUUCUCCACUGUGUUUUUCAUGUAGAUGUUACAUUUGCUUCAGGUAGCGAUUUUUGUCUUUGCAUAUUUGAAAUCAGUCUAAACCAAAGUUGAAGGUAAAAAUUGACACCUUUGUCUUGAGAGGAUCAUUCUGAAGCCCCAUUGUAGCAGUGGUGGAGAGGUCAUUUGGUUUAUUUUGAUGCAGAAAACAAAUUGCCAACUGAAAGUGAAAUUUGGUGAACACAUUUUCUGUAUUUCUUAAGUGGUGUCAUAUAUGGAUAUCAUCAGCCAGAAUGAACUCAGAUGAACGUCACCACCUCUUAGAUUCACCGUUGUGCAGUGGCUGUGAAAAUUGGAUGAGAAGAAUGGUGUUAAGUACAGACUCCAGGGACAGGUGGAGUGGGGGAAAAUAAAAUUUGUAGGCAGCCUUACAGUAAGCAACAUGAAGCUAGUCAAAUCAGGAAAGGAAAACUUAAACAGAAGUCAAGAACAGGGAAAGGGAUCAUUGGGAGAGAGACAAGACUGGAAACAUGAGGGGCAAAGUAGUGUUGAGUUGCUGAUCAGCCAGAAGGUGGAGUCAUUUGGUGCACAGGAGUGGGAAACUGCAGUGGCAGCUAGCGGACAUUUGAGGAUUGCAAUGCUGGAAGGACGAGGGCUGUUGCAAAUGUAAACAGACAAAACAGAGCAAGUGGAGGCAGGUGAGGGAGGAACGGCAGAUGAAUCUGACACAGUAAUGACUGUUGUGGCAGUGACUUAAAAUAAUAUGUAUAUAUUUUAUGAAAAACAAAAUUAUGACACCAGUCACUCUUAAUGCUAUGUCAGAUGACUUCCUAAAGACUUUCUGGCAGAAAGCCUCAAAAACCAACUUCUCCCAUGUUAGACUUCCUCAUUUAAUCGCUCACCUGUUCUCACUUCCCUUAUCAGUCACUCACUACAUAUACCAGCCCAGAUCCUUUGUUCCCUUGCCAGUUCAUCCUAGUUGCUAUGUUCCUGUUUUCCCUUGUGUUUUUGCUUUUGUGCAUCUUUCACCCGAAUCUACCCGCCUGAAUCUGCUUGGAAGCCAUUCUCAUCAAAUAAACCACAUAAGUCAU